UUCCUGCACACAAACCUAACUUGAGGGCUUGGCUACACACCCACAUCAGGUUCACACACACAGCCAGGGAAAGAUUGACACUAGCACUGUUAGUCAGUAGUGAGGUUAGUAAUGUGGUGGCGUGUGCCUGGAGCCGGUCGUACUGCCUGCUAUCCCGACAUCACCCACAGCCUCCAGCUUCAUAUUCUUCAAGCAGCCAGAGAACAUCCUGCAUCUCUGUAGAGCUUCCAGAAGAUACAGGGGGGCCCAAACUGAAUGCCCAUCACCUGGCGAUCUAAGACUGGACAGGAAACGAGAGGAGGCUGUUCGUCGACCGCUUCAACAGGCUUUGACGCAAGAGACAGAAGAACCCCUUCUGGUGCUUUCUAGGACAGAAGUUGCACCUGCACAGGAGGCCAUGGCCAGUCCAGUGCGGGUCCACCCAGACAGCGCCCUGCUCCAGCCGCCCCGCAGUGGCUCUGCUUUCUCCGAGAGUUCUCUGGCUCUUCUGAAAAGAGAAGAGGGGAGCGUCGAGACCCUGGAGCUGGUAGACAGUAAACCACGACUAGACGGCUCAGAGCGAGGGCUCUCAGGAUUCUACCUGUCCUGCAUUGACAUGCUCUUCACUGAGGAAGCUGCCUGGCUAGUGAGGGUGGCGGACUCCUCGGCUUCGGCCGGUGUCGGACCUCGUCCAGAACCCUGUCCGGAACCAGAGCAGUGCCCUGUUAUUGACAGUCCUGGGUUAGGAAGUGCACCACUGUCGCCUGGCCUGGAAGACCAGGUUGAGGAGAGGUCUCUGGAGCAAGUGCAGAGUUUGGUGGUGGGAGAAGUGUUGAAGGACAUUGAGACAGCCUGCAAACUGCUGAACAUCACACCAGACCCGGUGGAGUGGAGCUGUGGGAAUGUUCAGAAGUGGUUGCUGUGGACGGAGCAUCUGUAUCGGCUCCCUCAGGUGGGCAAAGCCUUCCAGGACCUGGAUGGGAAAGACCUGUGCGCCAUGACGGAGGAAGACUUCCGCCAGCGUUCACCACAAUGCGGCGACACACUGCACGCGCAUCUAGACAUCUGGAAAUCAGGUGCCUGGAUGAAGGAGAGGUGUUCGGUAGGAGAGAGUAGGGUCACAGGGGGAGAGGAGCUGUGGUCAGAAGCGGACUCCUCCUGCUCCGGUCAGCCUAUCCACUUAUGGCAGUUCCUCAGGGAGCUGCUACUCAAGCCUCACAGCUAUGGACGCUGCAUUCGCUGGCUCAACAAAGAGAAAGGCAUCUUUAAAAUUGAAGACUCUGCUCAUGUGGCACGACUCUGGGGCCUGAGGAAGAACCGACCCGCUAUGAACUAUGACAAGCUUAGCCGCUCAAUCCGACAGUACUACAAGAAGGGCAUCAUCCGCAAACCAGACGUGUCUCAGAGACUGGUCUAUCAGUUCGUCCACCCUGUAUGAGGCCAGCUAUCAUACUAGAAGAGGCAAGAGGACAGACUGAUAUCUAUGCACUGACACUGACAAGCACCACUAAGCCUACGCUUCUACACUUUACAGGCUAGUAAAACAUGCUAGCACAACAGGAAUUCAUGAGGUGUCCCAUCUUUACAAUACUUUUCCUAAUGCUUUGUACAAUACUUGCCUUGAACUGGAAAUUUGAUUUCAAAACUGAACAAAAAAAUGGCUUACUAGUUCCAUAAGGAUCGUUUUUUUCCUCACAGCUUAUGUUUUAUUUUUUCCAUUCAGAUAUUCACAGUGGCCCUUAUUUAUUCAUCAACGUUACAUACGGUCAAAUCUGAUAAAAUGAGCUCACCCAAAUUUCACAGACAAUUUUAUUAUUCGUUAAUGUCAUCUUUGGUAUAUCUGCAUAUAUGGAGGGAGUGCAAUAGUUUGACAAGUUAAAAAACAUCCUUAAUUUGCAGUUAACUCACCAAAACUAUUAUCUAUAACACCAAAAAUGAGAAUAAAAAUAGAAAAUAACUAUUAUGCUAAUAAUUCGCCUGCAUGGUAAUCCAGCACAAAAGCUGGAUGUACUUAUUUUACAUUGA